AUGUACGGACUCAUAGAUUAUUAAUAGAGGCUGUCUCUAUGGAAGCUUAUUCAUCAUCAUCUUCUUCUUCUUCUGCUUUACGAGAAGCAAGAGGGUUAAAGAUUCCACAGCCUUUCCAUGCAUCACUUCAUUCGGUGCGCAAGCCAUUGACAAAGCCUUGGAAGCUGCCAAUUGCACCAUUGCCACCAACACCACCUAAAGUUUACAAGGUUGACCCUAAAAACUUCCGGGACUUGGUUCAAAAGCUUACUGGUGCACCUGAGUUCAUGCCUCAAUCUCAACAUCAGAAAUCGUUAUCUCAGCUUCAUCAGCUGCCUCAUCAGCGUCUCCAAAGAGUGGCACCUCUCCCACUUCAAGUUGCAGCAUCGCCAUUGUCUAGGGCAGAAGUUUCUGCACCAUUGCAUCUCCUUUCUGGGUUAGAUCAUUCGAAACCCCAGAAUCAGAAUUUCUCAGAUAAUGCGAUGAUUAAGUCGAAUUCACUUGGAAUGAACUUAUCAUCAUCUUCUUAUAAUUGGUGGCCUUCCCCUAUUCUAAGUCCUGGAACGUUGUCCAGCAAGGAGCAAAGCACUGUUCCUUAG